GACCGCGCGGACAAGGUCUUCGUGGGCAACCUGCCCUUUUCGACGACGAGCGCCGGGCUCCGGGCCAUGUUCGAGCGCUACGAGAUCAAGGGCGCGAAGAUCGUCGCGGACCGCGCGACGAACCGCAGCAAGGGCUUCGGCUUCGUGACCUUCGCGACCGAGGCCGACGCCGCGGCCGCGGUGCAGGCGUUCGCCGGCGUCUCCGUCGAAGGCCGGCCGCUGUCCGUGCGCUUCGCGACGCGGCGCGGCACGGGCAAGGUCGGGGGC